AUGUCUUACGUUUGCAACUCUGGGAACUACUCCACACAGUCUUGUGGCGGUUUCCUGAGGCAGCCAUUCUCCACCUUCUACCCCAGCAGCAAUGUAGUCUAUUCUCCAAAGAACUUCCAGCUGGGCUCCUCUUUCUACGGACAGCAGGAAACCUUCGAGGAGCCACUUGAAGAUCACUCACCAUGUGUCGGGACCAGCUACUUCCAGACAUCCUGUUUCCGGCCCAAGCCAUACUUCUCCAGGCCCUGCCAAGGAGGUUUUGGUGGAUCUUUUGGAUAUGGCAAUUCCGGUUUUGGAUCUUUUGGGUUUGGAAGCUGUGGCAUUCGCUCUCAGGGCUGUGGGUCCGGAUUCUACCGCCCAGGUUACUUUUCCACCAAGAGUGUUCAGUCAUCUUAUUACCAGCCAGGCUUUAGCUCUCGCUUUUGCUGA